AUGGUGCUUAGUGAUUCGUUGAAGCUGCCCUCGCCUACACUUUCUGCUGCUGCUGGAGUGGAAGACUGUGAUGGAGAGGACCACCCCACGUGCCAGAAUUGUUUCACAGUCAAAACACCCCUAUGGAGAAGAGAUGAACACGGUACUGUUCUCUGUAAUGCAUGUGGCCUUUUCCUGAAGUUGCACGGGGAACCAAGACCUAUCAGUUUGAAGACUGACACCAUUAAGUCAAGAAAUAGGAAAAAACUGAAUAAUAACAACGCGAACACUAAUGCCAAUACCCAUUCUAACGACCCAAAUAAAAUAUUCAAAAGAAAGAAGAGACUGCUCACAACUAAUAGUGGUUCGUUGCCCACCAAUAACCCCAAGGUUUCCAUUCUGGAAAAAUUCAUGGUGAGCGGAUCCAUUAAACCGCUAUUGAAACCGAAGGAAGCCCUCCCCAAUACAAAGGAGUGCACCACACAGCGGGGAAAAUUCUCUUUGGACCCCUGCGAACCUGGUGGGAAGAACUACCUCUAUCAGAUCAACGGUUCAGAUAUAUACACGUCGAAUAUAGAGCUGACAAGGCUGCCCACCUUGUCGACGCUAUUAGAACCCUCACCUUUUUCAGACUCUGCUGUGCCAGAAAUAGAACUGACCUGGAAGCUACAUAAUGAGGAGGAAGUAAUCAAACUAAAGACUAAGAUAAGCGAGCUGGAGCUGGUGACGGACCUAUACAAAAAGCACAUAUUCCAACUGAACGAAAAAUGCAAGCAAUUGGAAGUGGAACUACACUCUAGAGCCUCAGUACAAUCUCACCCGCAACUUUGA